AAACACAGGGAACCAAGAAGCUGGGUGCACUGGUGCCCGGGCGAGCUCUUCUCUCGGAAGGACCAGCCUCCCGGCGGCGUUGCCGUGGAGACGGAGCUCCCUGUGUGGAUGUGGCAACUCGCCGAAGCACAGCUUUUGCAGACUAUCUUCAGCCGGGGGCUCACAGGACCAACGCCAAGAUGAUGCUUUCAAGGGCCAAACCCGCUGUGGGCGGGGAGUCACCACACACUGACAAAAGAAAGAAGAAAGGGAGGAAGAUUCCAAAACUAGAGGAUUUACUUUCGCAAAGAGAUUUCACUGGCGCUAUUACCCUAUUGGAGUUCAAACGCCAUGUUGGGGAGCAAGAAGAGGACACUAACUUAUGGAUUGGCUACUGUGCUUUUCACCUGGGUGACUACAAGAGAGCUUUGGAGGAAUACGAAAACGCGGCGAAGGAGGAGAAUUGCAACCCGGAAGUGUGGGUAAACUUGGCCUGCACCUACUUUUUCCUUGGAAUGUAUAAACAAGCAGAAGCUGCUGGGUUUAAAGCUCCAAAAAGCCGACUCCAAAACCGCCUACUAUUCCAUCUGGCUCACAAGUUUAAUGAUGAGAAGAAAUUAAUGAACUUUCAUCAGAAUCUUCAGGAUAUCAAAGAGGACCAGCUUAGCUUGGCCUCAAUCCACUACAUGCGGUCUCAUUACCAGGAAGCUAUUGAUAUAUACAAGCGGAUACUGCUGGAUAACAGGGAAUACCUGGCCCUCAAUGUGUAUGUGGCCCUCUGCUACUACAAAUUGGAUUACUAUGAUGUGUCUCAAGAAGUCCUGGCUGUUUACCUUCAGCAAAUUCCUGAUAGCACCAUCGCCCUCAACCUUAAGGCCUGCAAUCACUUUCGCCUUUAUAAUGGCAAAGCAGCUGAGGCAGAGCUCAAAAGCUUGAUGGACAAUGCCUCGUCACCAUUUGAAUUUGCUAAAGAACUCAUCAGACACAAUCUGGUUGUUUUCCGAGGAGGAGAAGGGGCUUUGCAGGUUUUACCUCCCCUGGUUGAUGUCAUUCCUGAAGCUAGGCUAAACCUAGUGAUUUACUACCUUCGUCAAGAUGAUGUGCAGGAAGCCUAUAAUUUGAUCAAGGAUCUGGAACCUACUACACCUCAGGAGUAUAUUCUCAAGGGAGUUGUCAAUGCAGCCCUUGGCCAGGAAAUGGGUUCAAGGGAUCAUAUGAAAAUUGCCCAACAGUUUUUCCAGUUGGUAGGAGGAUCAGCUAGUGAAUGUGAUACAAUACCAGGAAGGCAGUGCAUGGCUUCCUGUUUCUUCCUGCUUAAACAAUUUGAUGAUGUCUUGAUUUACCUCAACUCUUUUAAGAGUUACUUCUACAACGACGACAUCUUUAACUUUAAUUAUGCCCAAGCCAAAGCUGCAACAGGCAACACCAGUGAGGGUGAGGAGGUUUUCCUCUUGAUCCAAAGUGAGAAAUUGAAAAAUGAUUACAUUUACCUUAGUUGGUUAGCUCGCUGCUAUAUUAUGAACAAGAAACCAAGACUAGCUUGGGAACUUUAUCUCAAGAUGGAAACCUCCGGCGAGUCCUUCAGCCUCUUACAGCUCAUUGCCAAUGACUGUUACAAGAUGGGCCAGUUCUACUAUUCAGCCAAGGCUUUUGAUGUCCUAGAGAGGCUGGAUCCCAACCCUGAAUACUGGGAAGGCAAGAGGGGUGCCUGUGUGGGCAUUUUCCAGAUGAUUUUAGCUGGGAGAGAACCCAAAGAGACCCUCCGAGAAGUGCUGCAUUUACUGAGAAGCACAGGAAACACCCAAGUGGAAUAUAUCAUCAGGAUCAUGAAGAAGUGGGCCAAGGAGAAUAGAGUGCCCAUCUAAGCAGCCAAGCUUUAGGCGAGGACCAGCAUCCUCUCACAUCAAAUUGGAACUGUUUUCCUGCACUUGAAUAUGCAAUCCAGGACCCUGUUUGAUUGACAUUUUCUUCCUUGCUCUUCGAGCGUUAAGAUGAGCGGGUGGUUAUGUGUGGACUUAGCCAUCAGGCAGCACAAAUCUCCCUGGUCUGUGCUGACACCUAAUGUAAUCUACUGGUGAAAGUA